AUGAGCCAGCGUACCCAGAUCUACAAAGGGGUGCAAGUGAUUGACGAUAAGGUGCUCGUACCCCUCUUGGGAGAGGCAGUUGAUGAUCGUAACCUCGACCUCAGCCCCGCCGUCGCUCACAACCCCGGCUUCAGCGUUAAAGAAUUCCGAAGCAUUCUCGCCAGGAGCAACGUCCUGGACAUCGGCCUCAGAACUGACAGCUUCAUUCCCAGAGCCAUCUUCAGGAGCGACAUUUUCAGUUGGAGCCCUAACAACAAUGGAUCAAGAUUCUUUGUCUACAACUUCGUCCCCAUCAUCGGCAAAUCCAAUGAAACAGGAACAGCAGGCAACUGCUGCUUCAGCAACAUCGGCGUCAGCAGCUUCAACAGCAAAGAAAACAACAACAGUGUCACUGACAACAGCUCCAACAGCGUCAACAAAGGCCACAACCACGAAAAUAUCGACAAAAAUGGCGGCCCCAGUUACGGAAACAGACCUAACAACGUUACCAAUAACGUCACCAUCAACAGCAGACCAUGCAGCCUCAACCAGAGGAACAUCGACCGCAACGUCUACAACAUCUACAACGGCCCCGACAACAUCUACAGCGGCCCCGACAACAUCUACAACGGCCCCGACAACAUCUACAGCUGCCCCAACAACUUUUACAACGGUCCCGAUAACAUCUACAGCGGCCCCGACAACAUCUACAACGCGGCCCCGACAACAUCUACAACGGCCCCGACAACAUCUACAGCUGCCCCAACAACUUUUACAACGGUCCCGAUAACAUCUACAACGGCCCCGACAACAUCUACAGCGGCCCUGACCAAUUCUACAACGGCCCCGACAACAUCUACAGCGGCCCCGACAACAUCUACAACAGCCCCGACAGCAUCGACCUCAGCAACUUCUACAACGGCCCCGACAACAUCUACAGCGGCCCCGACAACUUCUACAACGGCCCCGACAACUUCUACAACGACCCCGACAACUUCUACAACGGCCCCGACAACUUCUACAACGGCCCCGACAACAUCUAAAGCGGCCCCGACAACAUCUACAACGGUCUCGACAACAUCUACAACGCCUGGUUUACCCAAAGACCUAGGUGACCUACAUGUCCCUCUCGAGCAAGCCCAGCAACUCUCCCCCCUGUCACGGCCUGAUAAACCUGACAUUCCAGCCUGUGAAAGCAAGCACUGCCCAGAAUACCAUCUAGCAUGA